AACUUCCCUAGCUAAAUAUUGGAUCCUAUCCCCACCCCAAAUUAUGUACACCUAAAAUCUACAGGGUAGACAACUUAUUUCACUAAAAUGCAUGAUUCUGGGGAUCUCGAAAGGUGGCGUUGGCUUCAAUUUUGCUAACCUGUGCGUCACCGUAAUUAUUACACGGACAUUACGGUAUGCAACUGCAAGCGCGAGCUUGAAGGGGGUUGGCUGGUGGUCGUAAACAUUAGGUGUGUCUUGUCGGCGUCGUUUUCGUCCCUUAUCUGUGCUACGUCGAAAAAUUCACUCAAACUCCCAAUGGAUAUCAUAUAACAAGAAACUGGAAGUUAGAUUUAUAUAUUCCUACAAGAAAAGAAAAACAAAAACUUGAAAAAGGAAUGAUCUAAUGCCUUGCCAACAAAUGACUAGUAAAGGGUGAUAACUGUACAAUUGCCCCGACAAGAGUUAUCUUCUAAAAAUAAACUCCUUGGCGACUGAUCGGUGGGAUUGAGGAGGUAAUGCUUGUAUCGGGUAGCAAGUGGUUAUUGCCUGGGCGGAGGGCAUGGAGACGGAGAGCGUGAAAUCAGGGGCUAGCGAGCACAGCCAUAGCCACAGCCACCACAGCAGAGGCUCGCAAAAACAUCAUAGGUCACAUAACAACAAAUCACACCAUCAUACGCGGCAAUAUUCUCACAGAUCUGCAAGAAGCAGCCGCAGCCAAAGAAAAGAACGUCAUAAUUUGGACGCCAGUGAAAUGGCACCCUUCCAAACAACCGUUAAUGUACGCGGUGAGAAUGUCGACCACUUGGGCCAGGAAGUGAUAGAGGUACAAAUACUGCCACAGGAUGAGAAUUGGGGAGAAAAUACAACCGCUGUUACCGGCAACACCUCGGAUAGGUCUGAGUCUACCGAAGAUGUUAGUAAUUGGCCAAAUGAGAGCGAAGGAUCCUUCGGAUUCACUUGCAAUCGCUGUGUAGGACCGGCCAUCGCGACUGUUCUUGGACUGAGUGCCUUUCUCAGCCCGAUCGCGAUGGUCAUAUUACCUAAACUUGGAUUUUUUCCGGACUCGAAUAACGUACUAACGAUACAGCAAAGGCUACAACUGCUCUCUUGUAACGCCGAGUGCAAGGGACAGCUUCUGGGACUCGCAUUCAAACUUUUUUUACUCGGGAUAGGAAGUUGGGCUGUUUUUUGGAGACCAGCUAACGCCACUCUGCCUAGAAUAUUCUUCUUCAAAUCCGGCGUCCUCGGUCUCACGUUCUUGUGCAUCUGUACAUAUUGGCUGUUCUACGUCGUUCAGCUGACCGAGAGCGCGAAAACGGCAGCAAAUGGCGAGAUAACCGAGUACAAAAGUUUGGUCAGUUACGCGGGUACCCUCGUCGACACUCUCCUCUUCAUUCACUACAUCGCGGUUUUACUAAUCGAAAUACGUCACCUGCAGCCAACGUUUUACCUCAAGGUUGUCAGAUCUCCGGACGGCGAAUCACGGUCCUACGCGAUUGGUCAACUUUCCAUCCAAAGAGCGGCUGUUUGGGUAUUAGAAAAAUACUAUACAGAAUUUUCCGUCUACAAUCCUUACCUCGAACGCCUCCCCGUUUCCAAAUCCAACCGUAAACAAUCGAGUUUCAAAUUUUACGAAGUGGACGGUGGUCCCGGCACCACCGUCCAACAGCGGGGAGCGGGUGGAGAUCGGGCCGUCCUGGCGGCCCAGGCUCGCCGCCGUGAUUCGAGUCACAACGAGCGAUUCUACGAAGAACACGACUACGAGCGAAGGGUGAGAAAGAGGAGAGCCCGUCUCAUCACGGCCGCCGAGGAAGCCUUCGCCCACAUAAAGCGGCUGCAUUCCGAAGCGGAAUUGGCCCCGAACCCCGGCCCCAUGGAUCCGAUGGAGGCUGCCCAAGCCGUGUUUCCCUCGAUGGCGCGUGCCCUUCAAAAGUACCUGAGGGUCACGCGUCAGCAGCCGCGUCACUCGGUCGAAUCGAUCCUCGGCAGACUGGCCAGAUGUUUGGCGCAAGACGCGGCUCCCCGAGCAUUCUUAGAGCCAUUUUUCGCGCCCGGUCCCGUCCUCGCCAACGAAAAAGAGCGGCAAAGGAGAUCGCAGCACUGGGCUCUAGUUUGCGAGGGCGAGCUGCCGUCGAGGCCCCUGACGUCCGGCUGCGAGUUCCAGUUGAGACAAGGUGAGAUAGCGCUACUUUGCACCGCUCAUCGGGUCCCGCAUUUCAAUCUCACGGAACAACUCGCCCACCCGAAGUCUAACAAAUUUUUACUUAGACUGAACUCCGAGACAUCCGUCUAGCGCCUUAAAGGAUUAAUUUUUUCAAAAUACGUACCUAAACCUUUGCAGCUUUACAAUUUAGGUCAAGUGUUUAAUUUUUUAGUGGGUAAAUGAAAUUUCGUGGCGCAAGAUUGAUAUAAACUUUGGAAAUAAUUUACGAACGUAUCAGCUGGAAGGCUACUUCUCGCUCUCGUUCAAGGUGAUUUUUUUUUUCAACUCUUAGUAUUUUUCCUUUUCAAAUUAGCUCGUAAGUUUUAUUCCAAUCUCCCCGCGAGAGAUAUAUCCGAAACGCGACUGUAACCGCGGCGAGAAAUUUUCGAACCAUCGGCGAAUAACUGAAUAUUCGGAAACGCUUUUUUAUCAAAAAAUCAAACGCAGCAGACUUCUGAUUUUCCGAAUCGCUCGGGAUCCGGACGAUUUCGGAGGAAGACUUUUUUUUUCUUUUAUCGCGGCACAGCAUCUUUCUCUGUCGUCGUGAAAUAAAAUCACCCAUUCGGGUCGUCUUGAUUCGGAUGUCAGAUUGUUUUGACAAGGCCGGGACAACGGAGGGGGUUCGGACAAUCGAUGAUCUGCUGUUAAGAACUGCACUUAGAUUUUAGCGAGAUAAAUUUAAGAUUUGAUUAUUUUCUAAUCGACCUUUUUGAAUAUACGUACUUACUUUAACGUUUGCUAUCAACCUCGUCGACGGGGGCAAUAGGAAACUAGCUAGAGCUAAAGUGUGCUAUUUUUUAUUAGAAAAAUAUACCAAGACGAGUAUAGAUAUCGGUCGUAUCUAACGCAUAAGAUCGUCAAGCUUUACAUACACACUACCCUCGGUAUUCUCAAGAAUCAGCUACGCAAGAAGAAAAUAUAAAAAAAAAGAAAAAAAAAAGACUUGACAAUAGUAUUACUUAUAAGUAAAACAGCCGCAUUUCUUAUCACAGUGCGCACAACUUCCAUUUUCUCAAAGUUAAACGGCUAUCGGAGUCGUUGCUACCCGCAACUGACGAUAGAAAUAUUCGGUACAAUUUCUCGCUGAAAAUUUUUCCCAAUAACUUACGAUCUCGUUUGCGAAAAUUUAAAAAUUCUCCCUUCCGGAAACGAGGACUCGAAAUUUUCACAAAGGAUCCAAUGGGUAUUCGGAAAGUUUUUUCGGUCGUCGAUCAUUUUCGGCGGAGAGUGGCUGAAUCACCUUUUUUAAUCCAUCGAACAAAGUUCCGAUGAGUCAAAUAAUUCUAUAUUGGCAAUCGACGAGUUAUAAAUUUUCGGCGGUGACUCAGAUAGCCUUUUAAAAUCAAAUGAAAAAAAAAUAAAAGAAGAAGAUGAAGAAGAGGAUCAUUGUUACGUACCUUAAUUUUUUUAUUUUUAUAGUAAGAUGUUGGCUAACUAUUUUCACUCUGAGAUCUUACAGGGCGUAUGUUAUCGAGGAGAAUGAAAAAAUACGCCUACAAUAAACGAUAUCAAAUAUUUAUUAUUAAGUAAAAAGAGGAACAAGGAUCUGCCGGCUCUUUUGGCUACAUAUCAUCGUCGACAAUUGUAUCCUGUAUUGUUGUACGAAAUGCAUUCGUCAAAUAAUCCUCACGCACACCCGAUCAUAGAAUUCUCAAGAUCAUUGAACGGUAGUGCGUUUACACCGUACUCGAAGAAAAACCACAUGUUAUUAGCUAAGGCAUUUUUUACUCAUCAUCAUAACUAUGUAAAUGUAAUUUUUUUCUAAGUUAGCGUAGCUUUUUUAUGCAACUAUUUUUAUUAUUUAUGCGUGGCGCGUGAAACAAAUAAAAUAAAACGAAAAAAAAACAAAAAAAAAAAAACAAAAACAAAACAAAUAAAACUUGAAUAAACUAAAUUGAAAUCAAA